AUGGCUAAGAAGAUUAAGAAUAUGUCAAAAGGAGAAGAUGUUGUAAAUGCUCAGAUGGUUCGCAUGGAAGACAUUGUGAUUGGUGGAAAAGCAUCAAAAAGCAUUUCUACAACAAAGGAAACCAAAACCACUAAAGAUUUCACUCGCCCUCAAGCUAAAGUCAAGAUCAAUCCAUCUUAUGUACCCUUGGAAGUCGUUCAUCUCAUAGUUAUUCACCCUAAGAAGGAUGAAGGUAAGACCUAUAAACCCAUUGAACCAUCCAAUAUUUCUGCUUCUAAAGAUGUCCAUGUAGUGUUAAAACAUAAUGUUGUAACAAACAAAAUUGUGAACGAAGAGGAUGAUAACAUAAACCAGACUACAGAAACCUUAAAUACAUGUGAGGAUCCACUGAGUGAGAAUAUCUUUGAUAAAAUCCUGAAUGGUGAAACUAGUUCAAAUAAACUCAUGCAUGAAACCUUUGUUGAAGUUGACCCUAAUGUCAUUUGUAAAAAUGUUUCCCAUGAUAUCAACAAGAACAGAUGUGAGGUUGUGGUAGAUGAUGAAAGUUCAACUGAGAGAUGUCAGUCAAGUUAUUAG